UUAACAUUGUUAAACAAUUAUUAUUAAUUACUCUUUGGUGUAGCUCAAGGAUACUGAAAAACAUUUGAUCCCUGUUAUAAUCUGUAGCUGAAUCUCACAGUUAUGAGAGUGAUGCAUUCACACUGGAUACAGACUAAAAACUGUGUUUAGUUGGAAACACACACCAAGAAAUUCAUGCUGGGAAACACGUUAAUGAUUGAAAACAUUCCAGAAAUAAGCGGCUGCUCGAUCACUUGAAGGUGAAGAAGGAAGGAUGAGGAGGUGAGAGGAUGGAAGCACAGCUGUUUUUAUUUCAUCUGCGUUCAUAGAGCCUGGUGAUGGUUUAAAAGCUUUUAGUCACAGCAGGGCGAGCACAGCUCAUACUAACAAUGUGACAGUGAGCCUGGAUGCUUGAGCAUUGUCUGAGCACGCUCUUUGGCCUUCGUGAUGUCGCCAUCUGCUGGUGAUGGACUCAGACUGGCCUCUAAACAAACAUCAACUUCUGGCUUUGAAAUAACUUUAUCUCUGGCUCAUGUAGGGGCAGCAUGGGGUGGGGCAGUCUGGGGACCCCAACAGUAUGCAUGCCCAGCUGCUAGACAUGAUCCAACAUAGCUUAGUAAAUGCAAUAUUUAAGUUUAAAGUCUACAUUUAGUCCAGCUUUCUGUUUUUACUAUUUUCACUUCUCAUUGUAUUGAGUAUGAUCUAGCCAUAAUCUCAUGAAAAUAUUAUUGGCCAUUAAAAUAUAAAGGCUCGUUAUUAAUCUUUUAUGACAAAGUCAUAUGUUUUGGAACCAAAUGUGGCACCAUCCCAAGUUGUUUGAAAAGCACGUUGGGUGUGGUAAUUCCUGGAAAACCACUGCCUACAAAUAAAGUACUUAUCUAAAGUAAAGUGGCUUCUUCAGUUCACGGACUGACGGACCUCAUCACAGAACAGCUUUUCUGGAGCUUGGAGCUCUGUUUAGCGUCAUUAAAAUGAAUGGAAAUGCUUUUUUAUUCUGUAUUCUUCUCCUGAGCGUCACCUUGUCCAGUGCCUAUGAAGAAGGUUAUAUCAGGCUGGCUGGUGGCCAGGAAUACUCUGAGGGCCGUGUGGAGAUCUUUCACGAUGGAGUUUGGGGGACGAUUUGCGACGAUGGCUGGGACAUAAAUGACGCUCACGUAGUGUGUCGACAGCUGCGUUUCCCUGGUGCAGCUGAGGCUCCUGGAUCAGCUGCGUUUGGCGCCGGGGUCGGUAACAUUUGGAUGGACGAUUUAACCUGCGGUGGGUCGGAGAUUAACCUACUCCAGUGUACGUUUCCUGGCUGGGGGGUCCAUAACUGCGGUCACGGCGAAGAUGCCGGAGUUAGAUGCGAGAAAGGGGCGGAGCCUCAGAGCAGGGACUUCAACCACGAGUACACGUUGGACCACAAUGCGAGCCUCUCUCAGCAGCUGGGCGAGCUGUUUGACAGCAGACAGGACUGUGACGUGGACAUUGCAGUGGCGGUGGAUAACAACAUAGUGGAGACCAUCUGUGCUCACAGGGUCAUCCUGUCUCUCAAUUCAAACCUCAAGGCUUUGCAUCCAGACCUCAGCAGCCUGCUCAUUAAUGUGUCUUCUGAUUGCAGCCAACAUGCCAACAUAUUUGUCAGAUACUUCUACACGAGGAAGAUUACGGUCACAUUGGCCUCCUCCCACUGCAUCCUGAAAAUGGCAUCUGACUGGGGCCUGACUGAAUAUCAUAAUGAGGCUGCAAAUCUCUUCAGACUGUUUCUCCCUGAGGAUCCCACCUUCCAAAGUCAGAAGUCUCUUUAUGAGUACGCAGUUCGCAGAAGUGACGACACGCUGCAGCAACUAUGUCUUCGCUACCUGGCGUGGAACUGCGAGGCACUGAUCAACUCCCCGGCCUGGACAAGCCUUCCUUUUAAUCUGGUCAAAGCACUCCUUUCUCGCUCAGACCUCGUGGUGCGUAAUGAAACAGUCGUCCUGAGUGGACUGGAGAGAUGGGCAGAAGCUCGAGGAAACGCAACAAUGCGUGAGAUACUUCUAAAGCUCGUCCGCUUCCCGAUGAUACCAGCUGAGGACUUAUACAGUCUUGACAGCUCAGAGUACCACGCUAGCAAGCUGGAGGGGUUUCAGUUUAAUGCUCUUCCUGUAAAAAUGCUCCUCAGCGACCUGACAGAAACCAUCUACACACCCAGGAUUUACACUGGCAGACCGUGGAGCUUCACCUUCAGCAGUCAGGAGAUCCGAGCUUACCAGCACUCCGGGGUCUACAUCCUUCAAGGCCAGCGUGUCAGCAGCCUGACGUCUGAUUUCCAAACACCGGUUCAUAACAGCGCCUAUUUCGCUUUUCACACCAUGCGCUGGAAAACCACGGCCUACGUCAGAGAGGAAGACUGCACAAAGCAAAGUGUUACUUGUGCUUCUUUACCAGCGAUCAGCUUGAAGAUUGAAGAAAAGAAUUUACCCAGUGAGAUGGAGGGCCGCAUCCGUUACAGCAACAGGCUCGUUCUUAUGUGCGCAGGAAGGCACGUGUUCCACGUGAACGAAUUUAAUGCUGUUGACAGCGACAGCCCCAUAGCUGUUCCCAGCAUCUCAGAACAAGUCUACCCGUGCCACUCAAACCUGUUCUCCUACCAGGUGGUGGUACGUCCUCAGUACUCAACAGAUUAGAUCUGACUAGAGAACUUUAGAGAAGGAGGGUGUGCGUCAGUGCAAGAACUGCACACACAUAAUGCUUUCUGCUCUCUCCUCCUUACGUGCAGCGGCUGCAGGUGGAAACCUCACACUCAAAAUUAAGAUGGCUCCUGGAGCAGGUAGAAUUGGCUUCAUGCAAGUUUUCUAAACAUGAGCCAGCUUGUCCUGUAGUUGCUGUGGAAUGCAUCACUGUGGCUUGUUUGGGCACAUGGUGUUAGUGUAAACCUGGGCAGAGAGCAGUAUCACCGCAUUUCUAUCUGAUGAUAAAUGAAAAACUAAUAAAAAAGGUCUGGUCUACUGUUAUAAUCACUCUGUGGUCUGCAGAAGGUCAUCUUUUAUUAUGCAAUGUAUGUGUAAUCAGAUUACAGUGUAAUGUACAGUGUACUGUAAUGUAUUUGAUUCACUGAAAAUAUUUACUGUCACUGCCAUGACAACAGUCCAGCAGUCUUAGCACAAUCUGUCUGUCCUAAUACAAACACAGUAGAAUGAUAGAAUAGAGACAGUUAAAACAGUUAUUAAUAAUACCUGUUAAAGUCCGCUGUAUGCAAUAGAGUGUUUAAACAUACUGCAGGCUGCCUCCUCCUAUGGUGUCAGUUUGAAAAUCCUUCAUCGCCCAGGUCUCAAGUUAUCGCAUUCACAAGACUUUCUUGAGGUCAAGGUCACUGAGAUUUGAAUUCAUCCAAGAUUUUGUGUAGAGACACCUGCGGCCCACCCGCCCAACGGUGGGGUGAUGAUGAUACCAAAG